AUGACACGGAAGAGCGCCACCCUCGCCAAACGCCGUUCCAAACCGAGCCUCAAAGUCGCUACCGGCCAGAACGGCCAUGCGAACGGCAAGAUGAACAACAUCGAAAUGCGCAAGCGCGAUACCCCCUCGGUCGACUCUUCUUCCGAACGAACAGCCCGCCUCAUGUCUCGACCGAGCUUUACCCUCGACGAUGAACCCCACGUCGUCCCUCAAACCCCUGUCUUGACAACAACCAGCUUCCAUAACCUCCCCGCAAGUGACCGCCGGAAUUUCCUGUUGCUGUGCGUGCUGUAUUUCUUGCAGGGUGUGCCUAUGGGUUUGGCUACAGGCUCCGUACCUUUUCUCCUAAAACCAUAUCUGUCCUAUGGCCAGAUCGGCAUCUUCUCGCUCGCCUCCUACCCAUAUUCUUUAAAGCUGUUCUGGAGUCCCAUUGUGGAUGCUGUAUGGAGUCCACGAUUCGGUCGCCGCAAGAGCUGGAUUACACCAGUCCAGGCUAUUGCGGGACUUGCCAUGAUUUACCUCGGCCGUCACAUUGGUGACAUGAUGGAGCAGGCCGGCGCAAAUGGUGGCGCGGGAGUCUGGAACUUCACAUACUGGUGGUUCAUGCUGGUUCUUUUCUGCGCCACGCAGGAUAUUGCCGUUGAUGGAUGGGCUAUUACUCUUAUGUCACCCCCGAACAUCUCCUACGCCUCCACAGCUCAGACUGUUGGCUUGACAGCAGGUCACUUCCUGUCAUACACCGUGUUCUUGGCAUUUAACUCCAAGGACUUUGCGAAUCGGUGGUUCCGCACUAUCCCCGGUGAAGAGGGUAUGCUUUCGCUCGGCACAUACUUGACUUUCUGGGGUUGGGCCUACCUCAUUGUGACCGUGGGCUUGGCCUUGUUAAAGAAGGAAGACCGCACCAAGGAGCGUGAUAGCAUCCUAGAUGUGUACAAGAGCAUGUGGAGCGUUUUGAAGCUGAAGAACAUUCAGACCAUCAUCCUCAUUCAUUUGAUUGCCAAGAUUGGCUUCCAGGCCAACGACGGUGUCACCAGCUUGAAACUCUUGGACAAGGGAUUUGGCCAGGAGAACAUGGCUUUGGUCGUGUUGAUUGACUUCCCCUUCGAGAUUAUGCUGGGGUACUAUGCCGGCAAAUGGUCGACUGAUCACGGUCCUAUGCGACUGUGGGGCUGGGCCUUUGUUGGCCGCCUGGCCGCCGCAGUACUUGCCCAAUUCACCGUCAUGAUCUACCCCGGUGGAUCCGAUGUUCCAUUUUGGUACAUGCUGGUUGUCAUCCUCGAACAUGUUGUAUCAACAUUCAUGAACACGGUCAUGUUCGUCGCCAUUUCAGCUUUCCAUGCACGCAUUGCAGACCCAAGCAUUGGUGGUACCUACAUGACCCUCCUCGCAACCGUUUCCAACUUGGGCGGAACAUUCCCUCGCAUUUUCGUCCUUAAACUAGUCGAUCUUUUCACCCAGGCAACAUGCCUCCCACCUACUACUCCCCCACCAAGUGACCAGCUGAAAGAUGCUCUUGUCACCUCUGCAUUCUCUUGCGCACUCGAGCCAGAAAAGAACCGUUGCAUCAAUGGCGGUGGUACCUGCAUCAUUGACCACGACGGCUACUACAUUACCAACAUUAUCUGUGUCCUCAUUGGCACUGUCACAUUUGUGUGGUUCAUUAAACCCGCUGCUGCCAAGCUUGAAAGCUUACCUCUGCGCGCCUGGCGGCUGGUGCCAGGUAUUCAACGCGAGUAA